AUGUGUUGUUCAACCAGAUAUAUUGUUUUCUUGUUGCUGUUUGUUUUGUUAAAAUCAUGUCAUACAGAGUUAGUGUGCAAUAAUAGUAAAUGUUUGUAUGGGAGUGAUUACUGUGGGCAGGACAGAGGAUGUCUGUAUGGAUGUCAGCCAGGCUUUUCCGGGAAAAACUGUGACAGAACUUGCUCAUCAGGGUGCAUUGAGUGUGAUUGGGAUGGUCACCAUGAAAGCUGCACAAUGUGUGAGCCAGGUAGAUAUGGAUCAGGUUGUACAGAAAUCUGCAGCAAAAACUGUAAAAUAAACCAAUCCAAAUGUGACCAAUUUGGUCGCUGUAUCUAUGGUUGCAACUUGGGAUGGAGAGGUGACAAGUGUGAGGAGCAAGACUGUGACUUUGAAAACUGUGUUCGUUGUGAUAUUUCCUACUACAGUAACUAUAUUUAUUGUUCAGUAUGUACAGAGGGAAAGUUUUGGAACAUAAGUUCUCAUUCCUGUGUUAACUGUAGUGAUUUCUGUGUAGGAGGAAGUCUAGCAUGCAAUACUACUACAGGGGCUUGCAAAUAUGGCUGUAAAUCUGGGUACUUUGGCAAUAACUGUGACAGAAAAUGUACCCUAAGUCACUGUAAUGAGUGCAAGGAGAAUGUUUAUAAUAAUAAUGCUGUAUAUUGUUCAUCUUGUGCUGAUGGAUAUUUUUGGAGUAACAGUUUUUGUGAUAGGUGCAAAGGUCAUUGUGUAAAUGGAGAAUCCUGUGAUAGGUCAUCAGGGAAGUGUCUGAAUGGGUGCUCCCCUGGAUGGUAUGGAAACCUGUGCAAUCGGGAAUGCCGAAUUGAAAACUGUCUGGAGUGUGCAGCAAAGGUGGAGACAAUGCCACCUACUUGUAAACAAUGCCAUGCUGGUUCUUACUGGAAUGGGACAAGCUGUAGAGAAUGCAGUGUUAAAUGUAAAGGAGGUCAGCAGGCUUGCAAUGGGACUAAUGGCAAAUGUCUUAAUGGGUGUGAGUUUGGUUAUUUUGGAAGUCAUUGUACUUGGGAAUGCAGUCCUUAUUGCUCAGGAGGAGGAUCAUGUAAGGAGGAUUCUGGACAUUGUACAUACGGGUGCAAGGAGGGAUGGUAUGGCCUUCAGUGUGACAGAAGAUGCCCUCCAGAGUGUACACAAUGUCAAGUAUUUAUAGAAACCAGGGAGUGUUCAGAGUGUUUUUCUGGCUGGUAUGGAACUUUAUGUGAGAAGCCUUGCAGCCCAAACUGUAAAAGAAAUAGUUAUAGUAAUUACUUACACUGUAACAAAGACACAGGUGUAUGUGUUGAUGGUUGUCUGGCAGGCUUUUAUGGUUAUACAUGCAAUUUUACUUGUAGUGAACACUGUUCUUUUAAGGAGUGUUUUAGAGAAAGUGGAAUUUGCAAAUUUCCAUGUAGUGAGUACAGAUUUGGAGACUACUGUGAAAAAACUUGCCCAAAGAAUUGUAAAUACCAGUCAGCCAACAAAAAAGCAUGUAACGAAAUUACAGCAAUGUGUGUCUAUGGUUGCAUAGAUGGUUUCUAUGGUGAUUACUGCAAUAAAACUUGCCCUUCAGACUGUGAAAAUAAUCAGUGUGAUAGAGUAUCUGGUAUAUGUUUAAACUGUAUGCCAACAUUCUAUGGACAAUUUUGUAACAACACAUGUCCUAUCAAUUGUAAAAAUGGCAAGUGUAACAAUUUAGAUGGUUCUUGCAAUGAGGGGUGUACUGAUGGCAAGUUUGGAAAAUACUGUGGUUCCUCCUGCAGCACUGAAUGCCUAGGAGACACCUGCUUUCACCAGAAUGGCUAUUGUGACCAGGGCUGUAGUGUUGGGAGAUACGGGUUUGACUGUCAACAGACGUGUAGCACUAAUUGUCUGGAAUAUGUAUGUGAGCAGAUGUCUGGGAAGUGUACCAAAGGAUGCCUGGCGGGAUGGUCCGGAGAUAAAUGCAGUGAAAAGUGUGUUCCUGGAAGAUUUGGUUUUAACUGUGACCAGAAGUGUGGGACAUGUAAGAACAAUGAAGUCUGUGAUGGUAGUAGUGGGAUAUGUCCCCAGGGCUGUGCCGAGGGGUGGGCUGGCUCUACCUGUCAAAUAGCCUUAAGAAGUAUGGAAAAUGUCAGAGAUAAGGAUGCAGAUACGAUGGCCAUAGCAGGAAGUGUGACAGCAGCCAUGUUGUUGACUAUUUUGACAAUAGCCAUAGUAACAAUCAUUGUCAGACGGAAGCAUGUACAAUUUUGUGGUGCCUGUCCAAAGCCACAGAAGAGCAAUGAUUCCCUUGAAGAUGAGAACCAUCCUCCAGAGGAAGGUAUCCCAUUACUGCCUCUAUGUCCAUGCCGCAAUAGACAAGUACCGGAUACUGACAGAAAUACUUAUGGAUUCCAAAUGGAAAAUACUGGCACUGCCAUUAGAAAUGCAGACAGAGGAUUAUCACAAGAUGGUGGUCAGAGAAGUUUUGUACUGGACAGUGAAUCUUUACAGAUUUACUCAGAAGCAACAUUCCAACAAAUGCCGUUAGACAUCUCUCUGAACACAGGGAAAUACAGGAGUUGCAGUGUUCUGGUUAAAUGUCUUCACAAAGAGAGGAAUAAAAACCCGAUGAGAAAAUUUCACAGUGAAUUAGAAAUCUUGACAUCUUUAGCAGAUGAACAUCCAAACAUUUUCACUUUAUUUGGGCAUUGUGAAGAUGAAAAGUGUGAAUAUAGUGUGUUUGAGAGCUGUGAUCAAGGUGAUUUGAAGCAGCAUCUAAAACAACUCCGAUACAGCACAGACAAUCCUCCAGAUGUCACGUUUAAACUCAGAGCAUCAGAACUGAUGUCAUAUGCUCUAGAUGUUUUAUCAGCAGUCAUUUUCUUGAAAGAAAAGAUGAUAAUUCACAGACUUGUAAUUCCUGUGAACAUUUACCUUUUCUCCCAUGGAAGGGCCAAGCUUGCCAACUUCAACUUUGCCAUUAAUUCUACAUUAGAAUCUCAACCAGAACCAAUUCCUAGGAAAUACUACCCCUGGCUGGCAGUGGAAUCUAAAAGAAGGAAAAUUCAUUCAAAUGAGACUGAAAUAUGGACAUUUGGGGUGCUGCUUCUAGAAAUUGCAAGUCUGGGAUAUAGUUUUCCUGAGGAGGAAAAUGAGUUUUACCUCAUGCCUCCCAAAUCAUGUAUAAGGAAAUUAUAUCGUUUAAUGGAGUCUUGUUGGAGAUUGACACCUUCAUCCAGGCCUACAUGUCAAGAGAUUUACAGCCAACUCAAGGCUAUCAGCCAAACUUUAGUAGAUCACCAGGAGGAUGAAUCUGUUGUCAUGACAACUCUAGUUUAAGAAUGAGUUGUAAAAUAAAGCUAAAAAUCCUAAUCAAGCUCAGUGAACAUUUAUUUUUACAUUUCUUCCAAUAAAACCAUUAUUCCAGAUUGUUAGUUUUGAAUGAUUACAGACAUGUAUAUCUUUUGAUAUAUUUUACAUACUCUUUUUGAGUACUAGUUCCCAUCAGAACUUUUUAAAACAGUCCCUGUCUACAGCCAAGUUAUAGAAUGAGACAUUGCUAAAUUUGAAUGGAAAAAGAAUAUCCUGAAAUGUGAGUGUGUCAGUCAUAUGAUGAGGAUUUCAGUGAAUAUAUAUACAUUUACAUAUCAACACAGAACUUUAUGAAAUUGUUUACAAUGUCAAUAGAAGGUGCUUUUAAAUUGAAAUACGUUUCACAUUCAUACAUGUAUUAAUAAUAUUACACAGUAUUUUUGUGCCUUUUUCCUUUUUAUAUACUUAUUUUUAUCUCUUUUCCUUGAUUAUAAGAACUUUUCUAUACAUCAGACAUUUUACGAUUUAUUUUAACUGCAAAGUUAUUUUCCAGUAUUUUUUCUCUGGUUGUGUGUUAAGACAAAAUAUAAGCUUUUAUAUUAAAGCCAUGUGUACAGGUU